GUUGUGUAUCUACUACACGGCUGGUGAGCUAGACGCCCCCUCCUCUCCCUCACGAGUCGUGACCCUCAGUUCCUCAUCAUAUUCACCACGAUCCCGACGUUGCACUUGCACGAAUCACGCACCUGACGGCGACACCCGCGAUCUAGCUGCCCAGGCGCCGGCACAUGGCGCCUCACGGUCACGGCCCGGACAGUGAAACGGCGGCGCCCGAGUGGCGCGGCACCGUGCGCGCCGCGGCGGCGGGGCCGACGCCCGACCAGGCGUGGGCCCUGCUGGGAGACUUCUGCUCCCUCGACAAGUGGGUGUCGCUGGUGCAGACGUGCCGGAGGCUGGAGGGCGACGACGGCCGGCCCGGGUGCGUCCGGUACUGCGCGGGGCCGGUGAACAUGGCGGCGCCGGGGGAGGCGGUCGGCUGGUCCAAGGAGCGGCUCCUCGAGGUCGACGCCGCGGGGCGGUCCUACAGCUACGAGGUGGUGGAGACCAACAAGGGGUUCGGCCGGUACCGGGCGACCAUCGGCGUGGAGCCCGACCCGGCCGGGUGCGCGGUCAGGUGGUCGUUCGAGGCCGAUCCCGUCGAGGGGUGGACGCUGGAAGGCUUCGUGGGUUUCCUGGAGAAGCUCGCGCAUGGCGUCGCCAAGAGGCUCGAAGAGGAGAUCAUGGCGAACGUCGAUGGUGAUCCUGCUGCUUUGCGAGUAUUUUGAUCUUGAUUUCCGCUUGUCCUAGUGAUACUGGCGACAGUAUGUUCGAUCACAAGUCCAUGCCCUUUUGAUUCAAAGCAAUUUCAUGGAAAUUUUGGAGAACUUUACUUGGAAAAUUUGCUUCUAGAUAUUCUUUGAUUUGUUUAAAUUUAGAACUAUCGAAAAGAUCUUCUAAAAAAACUAUAUAUGAUACAUGCCCUAUGUGGUAAGUUACCAUAAAUUCAAUAUAUACCAGCAUAAAAGGCGGAUAUUCAAUUUGGCUCUA